AAGAUAGCCUCGUAGCUAAUUAACUCCCGACGACGAACAUUGUCGUGACGGAAGGAGAGUAGACUGAAUUGAAUCGUUAAAUUAUGGUUUAGAAAGCAAAACAUAUUUCUGAAUAUGCCUUUUUUUCGACCAAAUGUUGUACUUAGCCAUAAACUAUUUGCAAAUACAAUUAGGAAGUACUUUGUAAAAUUUUAUAGAUGUAAAUAUGUUUCUUUGAAUCAACUAUCGAAAAAAUUGACAUUUUAUCACGUGGAUGGAAGAAGAAAUGCUUCGUAUUUAACUCCAUUAACACAUUUAGAUAUAAAUACAUUUACGCAUAGGUUUCGAUAUCGAUUAUGGAAUCAAAAACGUUUUCCCUGGAUUGGAUAUGCAUUAUUUCUCUUUGGUAUUUGUGAGAGCAAUCGCAGAAAUGAUGGUAGAUUGCUAAAAGCUGCUAAACAAGGAAAUGAAGAAAGUGUUAAAAGGUUAAUUGAAUCAGGUGGUGAUGUUAAUCAGAGACACAAACUUGGAUGGACAGUUCUACAUGUUGCUGCAAUGAAUGGACACUCUGAAGUUGUCAACAUUCUUUUAAAAGCUGGAGCUGAUCCAAAUCUUGGUGAUGAAUUUACUAAUGUUUAUCAAGUUGCAAAAGAGAAAAAUCUACAUUCCUUAGAAGUGCUUGUUGCUCGUGAAGAUGAAUUUAGUGACCGUCUUAACAAUCGUGCGACAUUUAGAAACUGUACAGCUUUGCAUUAUGCUGUAUUAGCAGAUGAUAUAAGAACUGUUCAUUACCUUUUAGAACAUGGUGCUGAUCCUACCAUUAGAAAUGAUAGUAAUCAUGAACCUGAACAAUAUUCCAGAAAUUCAGAAAUGAAGAAACUUUUAGAAAAAUAUAAGAAAGUGUGGGAAGAGAAACAGAAAGAAAGGGAAGCUGAAGAAAGAAGAAAAUUUCCUCUUGAAAAGAGAAUUAAACAAUUUAUAGUUGGUCAAGAAGGUGCUAUUACUACUGUUGCAUCAGCAAUUCGAAGAAAAGAAAAUGGAUGGUAUGACGAGGAACAUCCAUUAGUGUUUCUAUUCUUAGGAUCAUCUGGAAUAGGGAAAACAGAACUAGCAAAACAAAUAGCUAAAUAUAGUCAUAAAGGAAAACAAGAGAAUUUUAUAAGACUUGAUAUGUCUGAAUAUCAAGAAAAACAUGAGGUUGCAAAAUUAAUUGGAUCUCCUCCGGGUUAUAUUGGCCAUGAUGAAGGUGGGCAAUUAACUAAAAAAUUGAAGAAAUGUCCUGAUGCUGUUGUUCUUUUUGAUGAAGUAGAUAAGGCACAUCCAGAUGUUCUUACAGUAUUGUUACAAUUAUUUGACGAAGGACGUUUAACAGAUGGGAAAGGAAAUACAAUAGAAUGUAAAAAUGCAUUGUUUAUUAUGACAUCUAAUUUAGCAAGUAAUGAAAUAGCUAAUUAUGCCAUUCAACUUCGUGAGGAGGCCGAACGCAUUACAAGAGAGAGAUAUAGUGGAAAACUAGACGAUAUUGAAAUGACAGAAAGAAUUACAAUAUCCAAACAGUUCAAAGAGAAAGUUGUUCAGCCAAUUUUAAAGAAACAUUUUAGGAGAGAUGAAUUUUUAGGGAGAAUUAAUGAAAUGGUUUACUUUUUACCUUUUUCAAGAUCUGAACUUCUGAAAUUGGUAUCGAAAGAACUAGAAUUUUGGGCUAAAAAGGCUAAAGAAAAACAUAAUAUUGAAUUAUCUUGGGAAAAGAGAGUAUUAGAAGUUUUAGCUGAUGGAUACGAUAUUCAUUAUGGAGCACGCUCUAUCAAACAUGAGGUUGAAAGAAGAGUUGUUAAUCAGCUUGCAGAAGCACACGAAAAACAAAUGAUUAAACCAGGAUGUAGUGUGCAUAUUAUUGUCGAGGAAAGCUUAUUGGAAUCUAAGGAUAAUCUUCAUUCUGGGAAGUUUCCAAAAAUAAAAUUAAAAUUACAUGAGAAAGGACAAAAAGGAAAAGGAAGCAUAUUAGAUUUACCCUUGAGUAAUAGUUCACCUCUAAAUAUUGCUUAUUUUAUGUAAUUAUACAACAAUCUAAUUAAUUAUGUAAUUAUACAAAUACAAAAAUCUAC